GUGGCCAAGCGGCGGCCGCUCAAUAUCAAAGUGUCUUUCACCGAGCAGCCAACAUGGCACGGUGGCUGCUUAACUCGUUUUCGCUGAUCCUGCUCCUGGCAGUGGGCAGCCUGCAGGCGCGCCUGAUCCUUCCCUUAUCCCCGGACGAUGGACAGCUGGAGACCAAGGGAGCAGCCCUCUUUGCCGCUCCCCGCGUGGAUGAUAAUAGUGCCGGCAAUUACCGACUGCCGAAUACAACGGAACCGGAGUCCUACAACGUGGAACUCUGGACCAAUGUCCAUAAUGGCGAUACCCAAUUCACUGGCACCGUCAAUAUCGAUAUCCGGGUUUUGAGCGAGACAUCGAAUAUUACGCUUCACUACCGCCAGACGUCGAAUUUUGAAGCCACGAUUAUCAGCCGGGAUGUGGCCACGCCCACGGCAAUUCCACUCACUGUUACCCCCGAGUUGCAGCGCGAAUUCCUCGUCCUUACGCGGACCACCGCUGGUGAGGCAUUUGGAGCCAACACCAACUGGACCAUCACCAUCAACUACACUGGCAUCCACCGAUCUGAUAUGGGCGGUUUCUACAUCUCCAGCUAUACAGACGAUGAUGGCAAACAGCACUUCCUGGCCACCACGCAAUUCGAGAGCACAAAUGCCCGUCACGCGUUUCCCUGUUACGACGAGCCUGCCCGUAGAGCCAACUUUACGAUUACCAUCCACCAUGAUCCUUCCUACACUGCCAUCAGCAAUAUGCCAGUAAACACCGCUGCCAGCAGCUCGGGUGUCACUGCUUUCCAGACGACGCCUAAGAUGUCCACCUACCUGGUGGCCUUUAUCGUCUCCGAUUUUGAGUCCACCACCGGAGAACUAAAUGGCAUCCGCCAGCGGGUUUUCUCGCGCAAGGGAAAGCAGGAUCAGCAGGAAUGGGCCCUUUGGUCCGGAUUGGUUGUGGAGUCCAGUCUGGCUAGCUACUUUGGAGUUCCCUUCGCACUGCCCAAGCUGGAUCAAGCUGGCAUACCGGACUUCUCUGCCGGUGCCAUGGAGAACUGGGGUCUGGCCACCUACCGUGAGCAGUACAUGUGGUGGAACAAGCAGAACUCCACGAUCAACCUGAAGACGAACAUUGCCAAUAUCAUUGGACACGAGUACGCGCACAUGUGGUUCGGCGAUCUGGUAUCCGUCAAAUGGUGGACCUAUCUGUGGCUCAAGGAGGGCUUUGCUACCCUCUUCUCGUACGAAUCGAACGAUAUCGCUUUCCCACUGUGGGACACCUAUCAGAUCUUCCACGUGAGCGACUACAACAGCGCUCUGAUUAACGACGCCCUGGCCUCGGCCGUUCCCAUGACGCACUACGUCCAGACCCCAACGGAGAUCUCCAACCGAUACAACACCUUCUCGUAUGCCAAGCCCGCCAGUGUUCUGUACAUGUUCAAGAACGCCUGGACGGACAAGGUAUUCCGCACUGGAUUGAACAAAUACCUGACUAAGAACAAAUAUACUUCCUGCGACGAAUGGGAUCUAUUUGCAUCCUUCCAGGAGUCGGCCGACGAAUUGGGCUUUAAGCUGCCCGCCAGUGUGGACGACAUCUUCAGCAGCUGGUCCCACCAGGCUGGUUAUCCCCUUCUCACAGUGACCCGUAAUUACAAUGCCGGCACUAUAACGAUCACCCAGAAGCGUUAUGUGGCGAACAACACUGAUACAAAUACCGCAACCUGGUAUGUGCCACUAAACUUUGCCACUGCCAACAAGUACGAUUAUCGUGACACGAGUGCCACACAUUACUUGCUUAAUGUGACGGAGACCGUGAUCUCGGAUGUCGAGGCUUCCAGCGAUGACUGGAUAGUUGUGAAUAUCCAGAACUCCGGCUACUAUCGCACCCUGUACGACACGCAGAACUAUGGUCUAAUUACGGCAGCUCUGAAGUCCCAGCCCUGGAGGUUCCAUCCUCGUAACAGGGCACAACUGCUGUACGAUACGUACAUCUUUGUCAGCACCGAUCGCCUGAGCCACAGCAUCCUGCUGGAGCUGCUGGGUUACCUGACGAAUGAGCAGCAGUAUGCUCCUUGGUCCACUGCCAACACUAUUCUGACCGUCUACGAUCGUUACCUGCGUGGCGAUGAUUUGUACUACCACUUCCAAAAUUUCGUGAAGCUCCUGAUCGAUCCUAUCUUCGAUCAAAUCGGUGUAAACGAGAUUCCCGGAGAGCAUUAUCUGAACAACUAUCUGCGCAUCGUGCUGGUCAGCUUGGCCUGCCAGGUGGGAUCCAACGAUUGCUAUAACCAGUCGGCCAAGAAAUUAUCCGAGUACCUAUACAAUGGCACUGCCAUUGAGGCCACUCUAAAGACUCAAGCCUACUGUGCGGGUCUACGAUCGACUACCAAUGACAUCUAUAGCAGAGUGCAGUCAGAUUUGCUCAGUUCCUCAGACUCCACAGAUCGCAGCCUGUUCAUCUCCUCGUUGGGCUGCUCUGGAAGUACGAGCCAGCUGCUAGAUUUCUUGAGACUUUCCCUGGACGCCGCCAAUAGCUUGAGCUACUCGGAGCGCACUUCCCUGCUGAACUCGGCCUAUUCCCGCAGUGAAAUCGGUCUUACCGCUAGCUUGGAGUUCCUGGAGACCAACUGGGAGGCGUAUGCCAAGCUUUCGGACUCUGCAAAGCCCCUGGAUGCUGCCCUGCGUGGCAUUGCCACCUAUGUGGUCAGUGAGAAGCAAAAGACGAGGCUUAACGCUUUGGUGGAUGUUGUGAAGGCUGAAGGACCGAGUUAUAUCAAUGAUGAUCUGAGCACCACCAUUGACUCCAGAAUCACAUCCAACUUCGCUUGGUUGGAAGUUAAUCGUGAUCCAGUGCUCAACUGGAUCGAGGAUUCCUUUAGGGAGAACGGCAGUCCCUCUCUGACCUCAUCCAUCACUACAAUCCUGGUCAGUGCGAUGGCUCUGCUACUGUUCAGGCUAUAUUAAGAUAACUCACGUGGUCAAGUAUUAAACAUAAAUUCAGUAAAGUGACGUAAAUCAAAAUAA